UCUCAAGCGUGUCCCAAGCUACAUGAGAAUCGAACGUGGGAGUAAUGUUUGAGUUAUGUUUCCGCCAACGGGGACAAGGCUAGUCCUGGUCGUGCCCUCUCACGGGCGACUACGGACAAGUAAGUUAUAUCCUGUAAGGUUGGUCGAGCCGAGAGUACGUCAAUAAUGCCUUGGGACUUGAUCCCCUUGAACUCCGGCUAUAGCAUUCCGAGCCUCGCGUAUGGGACUGGAUCGCUGGGAAAUGGCCAGUGGCCAAUAGAUCAGCUCACACAGGCCCUCGAUACAGGAUUCUAUCAUAUUGAUACGGCACAACUUUAUAGGAAUGAGGCCGAGGUUGGCAUCACCAUCGGGGAACUUGGGCUAGAGCAUUCCGACGUAUUCAUCACAACAAAGUAUUCUGGCUUCAAUGGACUUGAUAUCCAGACCUCAAUCCAAAACAGUUUGACUUACUUGAACACCUCUUACGUCGAUCUGUAUCUCAUUCACAACCCGAAUCUGGCUGUGCCUGACAUACCAACUGUUUGGGCUCAGAUGGAGAAAGUUCAAGAAGAAGGGCUCGCCAGGAGCAUUGGCGUGAGCAACUUCAAUGAGAAGCAGCUCGAGAUCCUACUUUCGUCCGCAAAGAUCAAACCGGCUGCCAAUCAAAUUUACCUGCAGCCCUACGUUUACCAGCAACAGUUUCCGACUUUAGAGUACGCCGCCAAACAUGACAUCGUAAUUGAGGCAUACGGUGCUUUGACGCCUGUCACGGGAGAGCCAGGAGGUCCAGUGGACGUUCCUUUGAAUGAAAUCGCCACGAGGCUUGGAGCUACUGCUGACCAAGUCCUCCUUGCAUGGAUCAAGGCAAAAGGUGCAGUCGUGGUAACCACCAGCUCCAAAAAGGCGCGUCUCCUAAGUUACCUUUCCGCUGGGGACCUCGAAUUAUCGCCAGAUGACAUCACUGCGAUUGAUAUUGCAGGCGCUAUCGGAGAGAAACGAAUCACGGUCAGACGUGGGCUGCGUAAACUCGGGGCGGGCGUUUUGAUUGGGACCGUGAUCUUGGUUGCCUGCAGCUAUUUCAAAGGUAGAAAUAAGCGGAGGAACAUUACAGAGUCGACACUGGACAGAAACGAUUGACCGUCAUACAUACCCAAUGAAACAUUGAAAAUAGCCUUACU